AGAAUGGGCAAAUUAGAUUUGUAAAAUUAAUUCCCGUGAUGUUUGAUAAGUUUAAAAAGAUUUACUCCGAGAACAAACUCAAGAAUUUUUGGAAAUCCAGAGAAAGAAAAGGAGGUCUUCGAAUUAAGACAAAACGACAAGGCGAAGUAACUAAUCUUAAUUUUGAUGAUGAGAAACCUAAAACUACUGCUCCCUCUAUUACUUUUCUAAAUUCUUCAAGAAAAGUCUCCGAUUAUUCUUCAGAGAGCUCGAUUCCUCAUGUACUUCCUCUAAUUUAUACACACGAUUCUCCCUUGAGAAAUCAAGCUCCUUCAGAAUUUCGUCAAAUACAUCUUCCAAUUGAUACACAUAAUUCCCCGUCGAAAAAUCAAGCUCCUUCAAUAAUUCGUCCGGUUCCUCAACAUGCCCUUCCUCCAAUUGAUAAGGUACUUCGCCCGAUUCCUCAAAGGCUUUCUCCAUUGCUUCCUCCAGUUAUUCAUCUUAUGGAAGCUCCAAUCGAUUCUAAAAUUGACUUAUACUUGAGAAAGCAAACUUCUAAUUUUACGCUUCUUUGA